AUGACUAAGACGUCUCAAACUUCGGCCAUCAUGAAGUCUUUCCUCUUGAUCAGUGGCCUUCUGUCCGCCAUUGGUCGUGUUCAAGCCGACAAUCCUAUCGUGCAGACACAAUACAUAGCUGAUCCAGCACCCCUUGUGGUCGGGGAUCGCGUCUACCUCUUCACCGGCCACGAUGAAGAUAACUCCACCAACUUCGGCAUGCGCGAAUGGCUCCUCUUCUCCUCCGUUGACAUGGUCAACUGGCAACACCACGGGUCGCCCAUGAACGUGGCCACCUUCGCCUGGGCCGAGGCCAAUGCGUGGGCCGGGCAGGCCAUUGAGCGCAACGGCAAGUUCUACUUCUACGUCCCGACGACCGCGAUCAAUGGCAGCAUGUCCAUCGGGGUAGGCGUCAGCGACACCAUCACAGGUCCCUACGUCGAUGCCAUCGGCGCCCCUCUUCUCAGCAACGGACAGAUUGACCCGACUGUCUAUAUUGACGACGAUGGGCAGGCGUACAUGUACUGGGGCAACCCGGAUCUGUUGUAUGUCAAGUUGAACGAGGACAUGAUCUCCUACAGCGGGAAAUCACCAAAGUAG